GUGGCGGGUACCUCAGUUCCACUCUGGGCCUCGCUCGCAAGCCAUGUCAUGGCUUCUAGAGCUCACUCCGCUGUAAAACUCUUUUACGUUCAGUCAUCAUUGGAGUUGGAGAGAUGUAAAUGUUUAAUGGUGCUGGAUCCUGUGUUGAAUGUCAGAUACCCAAUAAAACAUUGUGAAUUCACGUAACGUUCGAUUAGAACGUAAUAGACAAAAGAUAUAAAAAAAGUCGCAGUGAAUGUCGGCACAUAUAAAUCAGAGUGCAACCUAACACCACCUGCAUUGUGCUGAGCGAACGCUUCCUCUGCUUCCCAAUGGCCAUUCGCGUCGUCGGAAAUUUUAAUUUAGAACUGUCAAACACAAAUGGACGUUGACAGAAAAUAUCCGUCAGACGACCUGUCCUAUAUAUAUUAUAAAUGGUGGUGCCUUGUGUACUAGUGAGGUGUUUAUAGUGUUUAGCUAGGACAAGGUUACGAUGAAUUAAAUAUUUGUGAAGGGGAAGUGUGCAGCAUGGGGGGCGAAGACCCUGAUCGUUGCAGGAAGGUGCUACGAGCCUUGGACGCUGCGGUCGCGCUCUUCUUUGUGUCGCCGCUCGUCGUCGCCUACUGGCGAGGAUGUUGGCAAUUGAUGGACCAACUUUUGUUUCCGGAAAACGAUCGCCUGUCCAUAUUCUCAUCGAUACUCAUCGGGAUUCUUCCCCAUUUCAUGUUUUGUGUUUUUCAAGAUACUUUUCGUAACUUAUGCGUGGCCAAUAUUGCCAACCCUGUUUUCCUUGUGGUCUCGAGAUUGUACACGAUUGUGUUUUGCUUUACGUGCGUUAAUCACUGGCGAGGAAUAUGGUUUCUGUGGGACCACCUCACUGGGACGUCGUGGCAAUCUGGUCUUCUUUCAUUGGGACUUGGUUUCGGUCUCCUUAUUAUAGCAAAUGCAGUUUGCAAUAUUCUUGCGCCGCCCUUCGUUUCGCUCGCAGACAAGUCAGAAGGCUUCUUCGACGUACCUACUCUCUUCAACCCAGAAUCACAACCAAGAAGAACCAGCGUAUGGUUAUGGCUGGUGGACUGCGUGUUCACGGUGGUGGUAGUGGACAGCUUGGUGGUGUUCGUAUGGAGAGGAGGCUGGGUGCUGCUCGACGCUUUCCUUUACCCUGGCAAACCUGCCUUCUCAGCCAUCGGCUCCUUGACAAUAGGAGCGUUGGCUUCCGUGGCAGCAUUCCUGACGCAGGCGCUGCUGGCGAAGGUGCUGCUGCCCCUCAAGAAAAAGUGGCUUAAGGUCGCCAUUGAGAUCUUCUUUUACGCCUUCUGCUUCUUCGCUGCCGUGAACGUGUGGCGCGGCGUCUGGAAGUCAUUAGAUCAUUUUCUAUUGCCUGACAACAGAUACUUGAGCAACUGGAUCACGGCCGCGGCAGGGCAGGUGGUCCUGCUGCUGUGCUGCUGCUCCAACUCCAUCCUGGUGCGCGGUGCCGUGCCAGACGUGCGUGAGACCGGCAAGCCCGGCGUAGUCUUCGCCAUGUCCUACAUAACCCACUUGUGUCGGGGUUGUUACAAAAAAGACUCUUUGCCGGAGGACCUUUGGCAGCCAACAGUACCUGAUGGAAGCGGUCCCGUCAGAACUACAAGUCGGAAAUGUAACGGCGGGUUGAAGCCGGAACUGCUUAAUGCGUGCGACGGAACGUCCGCAGGAUACGUCUCUGUAUCUACGACAGAUGUCCAUCCAGGAGCUACACAAGUGAUCGCCAACACACAUGACUCGUCUUCUCGAUUACACAGCAAGAGAGAAGCUUAUUCUUUAGAAGCCUUACAAAGCGCUCAGCUCUUGGCAUAAGAAAGAAAGCGCCCCACUCUUUAGCUUUUCCCAGGCAAGAGAGAAGCGUCAACUUUCAACUCCUCAGCUGGAUCCCAGUUGUCGACAUAGUAUUGUAGAGCGCUGGUCAAACCCUGAAGACUAGGAAGGAUUAACCCCGGCAUAGGAACCGCACUCGAGUACAUAUAAAGAAAAAUAUAACUCAGUACUCACUGCAGUGAGUGAAAGAGAGCG